GAGGAGCCGCGUUCCGGAAGGCGAAGGAGCCCACGGGGAACGCGGAGGAGCCGCCAGCCUCUCUCGCCCCCUCAGCGAGGCGGGAGCGGUGGACUGAGCGGCGCGGGACAGCGGCGGCGGAGGCGGCAAGAGGAAGAUGCGGGGCUCGGGGCCCCGGGGUGCGGGACGCCGGCGGCCCCCGAGCGGCGGCGGCGGCGGCGGCGGCGACCCCCCCAGCACCCCUGCCUCUCUGGCCGGCUGCUACUCCGCGCCUCGCAGGGCCCCCCUCUGGACGUGCCUUCUCCUGUGCGCUGCGCUCCGGACCCUCGUGGCCAGCCCCAGCAACGAAGUGAAUUUGUUGGAUUCACGGACUGUCAUGGGAGACUUGGGAUGGAUUGCUUUUCCGAAAAAUGGGUGGGAAGAGAUUGGUGAAGUUGAUGAAAAUUAUGCCCCUAUCCAUACAUACCAAGUAUGCAAAGUUAUGGAACAGAAUCAGAAUAACUGGCUUUUGACCAGUUGGAUCUCCAACGAAGGUGCUUCCAGAAUCUUCAUAGAACUCAAGUUUACUCUGCGGGACUGCAACAGCCUUCCCGGAGGACUGGGUACCUGUAAGGAAACUUUUAACAUGUAUUAUUUUGAGUCAGAUGGUGAGAAUGGGAGAAACAUCAAGGAAAACCAAUACAUCAAAAUUGAUACCAUUGCUGCCGAUGAAAGCUUUACAGAACUUGAUCUUGGCGACCGUGUCAUGAAACUGAAUACAGAGGUCAGGGAUGUAGGACCUCUAAGCAAAAAGGGAUUUUAUCUUGCUUUUCAAGAUGUAGGUGCGUGCAUCGCUCUGGUUUCUGUGCGUGUGUAUUAUAAAAAAUGCCCUUCUGUGGUACGGCACCUGGCUGUCUUCCCUGACACAAUCACCGGAGCUGAUUCUUCGCAGUUGCUUGAGGUGUCGGGGUCCUGUGUCAACCAUUCUGUGACAGAUGAACCUCCCAAAAUGCACUGCAGCGCUGAAGGGGAGUGGCUGGUUCCCAUCGGGAAAUGCAUGUGCAAGGCAGGCUAUGAAGAGAAAAAUGGCACCUGUCAAGUGUGCAGACCUGGGUUCUUCAAAGCCUCACCUCACAGCCAGAGCUGCAGCAAAUGUCCACCUCACAGUUAUACCCAUGAGGAAGCUUCAACCUCUUGUGUCUGUGAAAAGGAUUAUUUCAGGAGGGAGUCUGAUCCACCCACAAUGGCAUGUACAAGACCCCCCUCAGCUCCUCGGAAUGCCAUCUCAAAUGUUAAUGAAACUAGUGUCUUUCUGGAAUGGAUUCCUCCUGCUGACACUGGUGGAAGGAAAGAUGUGUCAUAUUAUAUUGCAUGCAAGAAGUGCAGCUCCCAUGCAGGUGUGUGUGACGAGUGUGGCGGUCAUGUCAGGUACCUCCCCCAGCAAAUCGGCCUGAAAAACACCUCUGUCAUGAUGGUGGAUCUGCUCGCUCACACAAACUAUACCUUUGAGAUUGAGGCAGUGAAUGGAGUGUCCGACUUGAGCCCAGGAGCCCGGCAGUAUGUGUCUGUUAAUGUAACCACAAAUCAAGCAGCCCCUUCUCCAGUCACCAAUGUGAAAAAGGGGAAGAUUGCAAAAAACAGCAUCUCUCUGUCUUGGCAAGAGCCAGAUCGCCCCAAUGGAAUCAUCCUGGAGUAUGAAAUCAAAUAUUUUGAAAAGGACCAAGAGACCAGCUAUACAAUUAUCAAAUCUAAAGAGACAACUAUAACUGCAGAGGGCUUGAAACCAGCUUCAGUGUAUGUCUUCCAAAUUCGUGCACGUACAGCUGCAGGCUAUGGUGUCUUCAGUCGAAGAUUUGAGUUUGAAACCAUCCCAGUGUCAGUUGCAGCCUCCAGCGAUCAAAGCCAGAUUCCUAUAAUUGCUGUGUCUGUGACAGUGGGAGUCAUUUUGUUGGCAGUGGUUAUCGGCUUCCUCCUCAGUGGAAGGCGGUGCGGUUACAGCAAAGCAAAACAAGAUCCAGAAGAGGAAAAGAUGCAUUUUCAUAAUGGGCACAUUAAACUGCCAGGAGUAAGAACAUAUAUUGAUCCGCAUACCUAUGAGGAUCCCAAUCAAGCUGUCCAUGAAUUUGCCAAGGAGAUAGAAGCUUCAUGUAUCACCAUUGAAAGAGUCAUUGGAGCGGGUGAAUUUGGUGAAGUUUGUAGUGGACGUUUGAAGCUUCCAGGAAAAAGAGAAUUACCUGUGGCGAUUAAAACCCUUAAAGUAGGCUAUACCGAAAAGCAACGCAGAGACUUCCUGGGUGAAGCAAGCAUCAUGGGGCAGUUUGACCAUCCGAACAUCAUUCACCUAGAAGGUGUGGUAACCAAAAGUAAACCAGUGAUGAUAGUGACAGAGUAUAUGGAAAAUGGCUCUUUAGAUACGUUUUUAAAGAAAAACGACGGGCAGUUCACUGUGAUUCAGCUGGUUGGCAUGCUGCGAGGCAUCGCUGCAGGAAUGAAGUACCUUUCCGACAUGGGCUAUGUGCAUAGAGACCUUGCUGCCAGAAACAUCUUAAUCAACAGUAACCUUGUGUGCAAAGUGUCUGACUUUGGGCUAUCUAGGGUCCUGGAAGAUGAUCCUGAAGCAGCCUACACCACAAGGGGAGGCAAAAUUCCAAUCAGAUGGACUGCCCCAGAAGCUAUAGCUUUCCGAAAGUUCACCUCUGCCAGCGAUGUCUGGAGCUAUGGAAUCGUGAUGUGGGAGGUUGUGUCUUAUGGAGAGAGACCCUACUGGGAGAUGACCAAUCAAGAUGUGAUUAAAGCCGUGGAGGAAGGCUACCGUCUGCCAAGCCCUAUGGACUGCCCUGCUGCUCUCUACCAGUUAAUGCUGGAUUGCUGGCAGAAAGACCGGAAUAGCAGGCCGAAGUUUGAUGAAAUCGUCAACAUGUUGGACAAGCUGAUCCGUAACCCAAGUAGUUUAAAGACACUGGUUAACGCAUCGAGCAGAGUAUCUAGUUUAUUGGUGGAACAUGGUUCACUGGGAUCUGGGGCCUACAGAUCAGUAGGUGAAUGGCUAGAAGCAAUCAAAAUGGGCCGAUAUACAGAGAUUUUCAUGGAAAAUGGAUACAGUUCAAUGGACGCUGUGGCUCAGGUGACCUUGGAGGAUUUGAGACGACUCGGAGUGACUCUUGUUGGUCACCAGAAGAAGAUCAUGAACAGCCUUCAAGAAAUGAAGGGGCAGCUGGUCAACGGGAUGGUUCCAUUGUAGCUUCAUUCCACUGUCACUUCGCCCAGUGAAUGCUUCUGCACUUUGUAAACAAGCCCUGAGAUUUAUUUUAACAAAAAAGGGGAAAAAGGGAAAACUCAGUGAUUUCUAAAUCUUAAGAGAGCAUUUGUUUCAGUCACGGAAUUCAUAAUCGGUGUUUUACUCAAAUCUCUUGAUCUUCCUCUCAGUGUCUUCAUUUUUCAUGAAGCAAAUAUAACCUGCAUGGAAUAAGAACAUGAGGUUAAACCUCAUCUUAUAUUACAACAACAAAAUCCUUCUCACUACUUCUACAAAAUUUUAUACGUGAAAUAGAAAACUCUAUAUAGCACCUUUAUAGACUGAAUGAAGGCAGCCCCUUUCAAAACUUCCAGGAAUCUACUUGAAAGGAAAAGUUUUUAUAGCCAUUUGUGGGCUAACAAAAACUGCAACUUACUGAGGUUUACUUCAAGUCUUAAUUGUCUACAUAAGUGUAUUGAAGAGCAAUAUGGUUAGAUAAUUUUUAAAUAGAUAUCUUCUUUUGUAAUUUUAAAUGCUGUCACACAGCGUUAAGUUAUAGAAACUAGUGUAUAAACAUGUUGCUUGAUCAAGGACAAGUACAAUACAGGGUGUAUAUUUAUUUUUCUGUGUUAUAAAAUUUACUUUUAGUUGCUCUUCUAGAAACUACUAGGUAACAAAUAUGUAUAUACUGUAUAAUUUGCUAUAUACCCAGGAAUCGAUUUAAGUUGGCGUUGUGUGUGCGUGUGUGGCUUGCACAUGUGUGUUUACCAUUCUGCUUGCAUUGGUAGUAGUGUUUUAAUUUUAGCAACAUUCAGGAACAAGUGUUCCAGAGUGUAGUAGGAAUAGGAGAAAUAGGGAAGCAGUAAAACAAAACUGAACACAAGCUUGUGUCUUUUUCCUCUCAUGUGUCCAAAAGCUACUAAAUCUCUUUAUUCACUCACAGGAAAUGUCUGUAAGAUUAAAUCCCCUUUGGCGUUUUUAAAACACUUUGUGAUAUCUGUGACAGUGCAGUUCUUCUAGCCAUUAAUCUUGCACCCCUGUAAGAAAUUUCACCUUUCUGAGUCCCAGAAAAUAUCUUGUCAAGCAAAGUUGACACCAAAGGGCACAUUUUCAGCAGGAUGUAGAGGGAUUUAACUGUGCAGACUUCUGUUAAUGUUGUUAAAUCCAGCCCAUAGCACCAGGCAUUACCCCUGUGUUAAUCCUUUGUAACCAUUUCCCUUGUGGCUCAGCCCUAGAAAUUUUGAUACUAAAGCAGUGGAAUGAUGACAACUAUGUGUAUUUUUCUGCUCUUUAGAAUUUUCUUUAUGGCAAGACUUGACAGGUUUUAUUUGUUGAUGGCUAUUUAUUCAUUUGGUAAUUUCAUCUUGUAUUCAGUUAUACUGAAUUGAAUUUACUUUGAUGAGCCAAUCUAAAGUAUUAUUUAAUUGGCCUUAUUAAAGAAUAUAAAAUAUGUCCUCUGUUAUGUUCUGUAUACCACACUUGAUAAAGGCUAACAUUAUGGUACAAACUAAACCGUUUAUUAAAAUUUGAACAAAACUGAGCUUCUUGGUGAAAUGACCAAGUUUUUUUGUAUUGUUAAAGUUUACAAAUCAUGGAAUGACAUGUCAUUAUUCAAGGAGCACAGUGUUUAAACCAAAUACAGCCUAGUUUUGAUUAUCAGUGGCAGUGGUAUAUUGGAGUAGCCUGGAUUAGUGACAACCAUAGGGAAUAUACCUGCUUUAUGUUGUUGAUACUUCUCUCUUUCCCAAGUACCUGUUACCAUUAGCAUAUGCAAGAAUAAACUUUUGGGACAUAACUGUCUCUCUGCCCUUCCCACCUUCUACAUAAGUAGCUAUCUCUUUAUAGGGAGGAAAAGAAAAAGGUUUUAAACAAUGUUUAAAUGAUGUAUUGAGUCCUGGCCAUUAGUGCUACAAUUCUUUACUGGGUCUAUACUGUACCAUGGGUCCACACAAACUGUGCUUAUGUAUAUUCUGUUAGUUUAGUGAGAUUUCCAGAGAAAAUAAAGAAUGGAUUUAACUUUGUCUUGAUAAAGUCAUAAGUAAGUAGGCAUCACCAUUAUUAAAGAUGCAUUUAUUCAUUUCAGGAAACCUCAAAGUAACUAAACUAAUUACUUUUGUAAAAAAUUAUUGGGGAUUGUGUUGCACUUACUGAAUUUUGUAAAACCAGCCAAAUCUACUUGAUAAAGUAACAAUUGAGAAAUUUUAAUGUGAGAAUAGUUUUAUUGAUCUAACUUAAGUUUUACAGCUGAUGGGCUAGCCACAAUUACUUAUACAUGACAUAUGUAUUUGAAUUGUUUUCCACCUUUAUAUGUUCCAAGAUGAUUGGGAGGUCAGGCUGGAGUGUAUCUAAGUGAUUGGAAUUUGAAAUUACAUGUAAAUUUCCUCUUUGUGACAAGAGAAUAUUACAAAUUAAUUUUGAUCACAUUCAUUUGCUUCUUAUAUAUGCAACCUUGAUGUAGGUUUUGGAAAGUAAAUGGAGGUGAAAGUUAGACACAUAGCUUUUAUUCAUAUCUAAUUUUGGUUGAGAAUUUCUAAGAAAUACCUGUAUGAUUUUAGAAGAUGUAACCCACCCUAAAAAGGAGGAAGGAAUUCCUCUUGUUCACCACUGGAUGUGUCACCAAUUGGAAAGUGCCAAUCUCAUCUAUAAAUGUGAGAAGUGGAACAAGGAGAGAGGCAGCUUUUGUGAAAUGGAAUGAGGCAGUAACCCAGGGCAAGAUUUGACAAAUCUUGAUGGUGUGAUUUCUUAUCCUAUUGGUUCAUGUUGUCACCAGCCAGACAACCAAAAAUAAAAUAUAGAUUCAAUAAUUUUAGUACAUAAGACAGAUUUGUCAAAUUAAACAUAAUAUUAUUUUAACUGUCAGUAGCAAUACUUUUGGUCUUUAGACUUAGAAAUACAUAAGUCUUUCUUAAUGUUAAACUUUGAAAAAUAGGUACAAGCAGAGAAUAGUUUUCAGCUUACUGAUAUCUGUUGAAGUCACUCAAUUGCUACUUUUAUCAAUCAUGUUUCCUCGUCUUGCUAUUUGCUCACAUGUAAAAACAACAUAUAAUCAGUUAUUCUUCCUGGCUGUUGAAAUGUAUGAAUUGUAUGUAAAAAUGUAAAAAAAAAAAUUCAUUUUCCCAUUUUACAAAAUUAACGUGCAUGGUCUUUUCUUUCUUGUAUUUUAAUCACCAAGUUGAUGUUCUAAAGACGUAGGAUUACUAUGAGGAAUAUAUUCAAGUAUUCUAUCUAAACAUAAAUGUGGCCAGCAUUAUUAGUUUCUGAGUUGCCAAAACAAUACAGAACAUCCUUAACUCAGUCUGUAAGAGUUUUAACCAGUGUUGAGUGGUGAAAAAAAUAGUUUCCUAUCUCAAGUUAAUAUGGAAAAUUAAUACCAGUUGAGCACUUAAUGUGUUUGCAUGUCUGCUGCUUAAUCUCCAUGUGAAAGUUAGAGAUUUUUUUAACACCUUUCUUUCUCCCAUUUAAAAUGGGUUCUCAGAAGCACAAGCAGAGAUAUUUACCUGUGGAAGACAUUUUGGCAUUGGAUGGCAAAUGCCAUUUGAGUCAGAUGUUAGAAAUUUGCUAGAUUUAUGAUAUUGCAUAGUAGAAUAAGAUCCUUUUCUCAUUUUGUUCUUUCUAAAAAUAAGAAAAAAGAAAGCUAAAUAUGAUAGUAAACUGUCUUUGCUUAUGUCCUGCCAGAUGUUUAACCUCAAAAUAAAUUAAAAGUAGGUACAA